AUGAGGGUCCGCAAAAAAAACACUGUUGUUCCGUGGCCAUCUCUGGGUACCGCCGCCAAGACACUCGAUGCUAGUACCAAUCCAGCUUUGGAAGAUGCCGUUGGCGUUGGCGAACGGGGUAUUACCUGCCACCAGCUUCAAGACCUAACCAGAUUUAUCCAGCGACUUUGCCAAACCGGGUUGCUCCGAUACCAAAAUGACGCCAAUCCCCAGCAGCAAAGCACACGGGGAUCUCGCAUUCUGUGGACACAACUCACAAUGUUUGAUGUAUGCUAUGAAGUUAUCAAACCCAUCAUUGUCCAUCUGGACCGAGGUCUCUGUUCCUGGAGUUCAUUGGUCAACCAGGGAAGACGUCAAAGACCAUCUGUCUUUAUCUCACAUUCAUGGUCCGAAAAAUACCGAGAUUUUGUAGCUACCUUGGAACAUUUGCAAUUGGAUCGAGGCAUGACGCCCACGGACGUGGUUUGGAUAUGCACUUUUGCCAACAACCAAUUUCAACUGGAUUUGGGGGCACGGCUUUCGAAAUCACCAUUCUAUGAUGCUCUCGAAUUUGCUCAGGACGUUGCCUUGUUUUUGGACUAUACAGCAUCCGCCCUUUCCCGAUCUUGGUGCAACUUCGAAUUGGCCAUUACCACCGAUACCCCAUACAACCGACUGCGUUGGAAAGUACGCAGAGUCAUUGCGGAAAAAGAAAACGUGGGAUUGUUUGAUGUUGCCAUGGACAAAGUGGAUGCCUAUUUGGCGGCUCUGGACCACCGAAAAAAGCACAAUAGUGGUGGCAGCACGAGUGAUGCUGGUGACACUGAUGACGACACCCUUCGGACGUUCAAGUCGUCGCAGGCGGAAUCAUUCAGUACUGUCGACCGUCGUCGAAUCAUGAACCAUAUUGCCUACAAAUACCUCGCAGCGACAACCAACCACAGAACUGUCUCUGCUGAUGAAGUACCAUCAGACGAGGACAGAGAGCUUGAAGGUCUAAAAAUGGACAGUGAUGGCAAACUCAUCUUAGCCGAUGAGCAGAAACACGCCUAUGAAAGCAAUCUAACAAGCGGACCCUUGGCAGAAAAGUUUCAAAAGCUUGAUGAAAACGUCUUUCUAGAAUGCAACAAAGCACUGGAACGGAGAGGACUGGUCACCAGUACUGACGAAGCUCUGGCGCCGAAACAACAGUCACCAACAGCAGCAUCCUCCCGCUUGUCCAGAAAGUCUGCCGCCAACCUGCGAUGGGAAGAGUGCGGGUUGACACUGUCUCAGCUUCGGCAGUUUGAGAUUUUCUUAGAGGCGACUUGCAAACGGUCCAAGAUGAAAGUGGAGGGAGGUGCAACCAUAGAUUGGUCGAAUUGUUCCAGCAGACACUUGUUUCCUUGUGAUUGGAAAGGGUUGGCGAAAGAAUUCAUGCCACCUGACACAAGCUAUGUAGAAUGUAUCAGCGAGAGUGGACAAGCUCCUGAGUAUUACGUCAUCCUUCCGUAUGACAUGCUACUCAAGGAUGCCUUCAAGGCGAUUGAAUGGCACGCAGAGGCUCUGCGGCUGUCUGAUCGAACAACCUACUUUGUGUUCAGCCUCGCCUUGCUCAGUGGCAUACGCCGGGAAGGAAGCAACGAAACCGUCAUGGAAGCCACGACGGGAGGUCUCAUUCUCUUGAUGAGCGAGGAUAUUAGUAGGCAAUGGGUCGAUGGCCCCUCGGGGCAGAGUCUCUGGUCAUUCUAUGAGUUGUGGUUGGCAGAUCAGUGUGGCCUCCCGUGGGACGUUGUCUGCAGCACUGGUGCCAUUGCGACAUCGCGGCCAUUCGCUACUUCUAAAUGGGAGGUUGGUUCUUUCUCACCUGUCAUUGCCGAGAAUUUGGCGUCUGUUGAGGUCGAUGCCUCCGAAGCGCGUAUGAGGAACCAAAGAUCCAGAGAAAAGGUUCUCUCGAAAAUUGGCAAGCCGCCUGGAGGCGUUGCCAAUUUCAAUGAGCGGAUUACUGCGUGUCUCUCUGUAAGGAUGCUGCCUCCGCUCAUGCGCCAUGCGGCAUACUUGGAUGAAGGACUGGCAUCGCUGAACAAACUGAACGAUGCAUUGAAGUUGUUGGAGAAGCAUCGAUCAAAGAGUUUUGUGAACCUGGUCACAUUCCAAGGGGCAUUUGGUGAGGGCCCGCUUCAUGUGAUGGCUGCUCGCAGUGAUCUUGACAAGUCAUGCAUUGCUUCUGCUCAUUCAACCAUGCUGGCGCUUGUCCACGCUGGGUUCGGAGUUAACGACCAGGAUGACAAUGGCGAAACUCCACUCCACUGGGCUGCUUCUGCUGGUGCUGAAUGGACUACUGCAUUCCUUCUCCGGCAGGGUGCGAAUCCCAUGAUUCCGAGCUAUCGAGGUGAAGAUCCACUCCAAGUUGCCAAAGCAAAACCAGUUGCUUUUCUCUACGAGUACUCGCCAAAGAUUGUCCCUCUUCUCAGAGGUGCUAUGCAGCCCUGGCAGACUGGGUAG